ACUAAGCAACUGUGUCAGAUGAAAGUGGGCAGCCACAUCGAGAGAGAAAUCCAGACUACAACAAACACUGAACCCAAAGAGUCUGAUACUCUCAUGCAGUUAGACGAAGUCGAUAAAAAACCGAAUCCCAAGAUAGCUCAGCUAAAGAAAAGCCAUAGUUUAGCAUUUCCUGAUGUUGAACAGCAACAAAAAAAUGAACGGAUUGUCGUGAAAAAAGCUAAGAGGAUGAAGUCAAGCUUGCCAUCUAUGACCAAAACUAAAGACAGAGAUAUUGAUGUAGCAAAUAAAUGUUUUCCAGCAUCGAGCAGUUGUGGGCAGGAUGAGAAUGCAGUUGGUAGAUCUUCAGAAAAGCAGUUGUCUGCAACAGCUACUCUACCUCAUACUAAUCUAUCUCAUACAAACUUUGAUGGCUCCUUGACUACGACUAGCUCUGAAUCCAGGAUGCUAAGGAGUAGUCAUGUUAUUAGAGACGAUAUUGUACCACUUGCAAGUGAAGAGUUGGUAUCAAACAAGUUGGACAAUGUAUCACGUUCCAUGUCCUUGCAUGGUGGUAAGAACUUGUCCAACAAGUGUGCGAGUUCUCAUUGUGAAUACGAGAGAAGUUUACAUCAUGUGCAUAGUAGUAACGACGUAUGUGAUACCAACUCUCAACGUGUCAGUAAUGAGUUAUUAAAAGACUCUCUAAUGGCUCAACCAUCAUUUUCUGUUUCCAGGAGGAAAGCAGCGACUCCAAGAGAGGCAAGAACAUUGAGACGAAGUGGACGUUUGAAUACAAAACCGACAGACAAAUGUGGCUCAGCGUCAGACAGUGUUGAGAAAUGUGAUUCAUGUUGGAAGUCAAGUGGUAUUGGCACUCAAACUUGUUUAGAGGAUGAUACAUUGGAGGCUAACAUUUCUGAUAGCUCAAACGAUUUGGUCAUUAUGAACCCUCCUACUGCUAGCAGUAGUUGUUCUGAUGAUGAUGACGCUGCGUUACAAAGUUGGAAGUCAUUUAAUGUAUUGCACAGUGUUCCAUGUGUUGCAACAGGCACUGUAGUACAGAGAGAUCAUGAGCUUGAGAGUGUAUCUUUACUCACGGCGAAUGACAAUGGACCUGAAGUUACAGUUGAAGAGAGUGAAUUCCAAUGCCCAGUGCAUCCAAUGAAGGAGUCUGAUAAGAGCGGUGUGGAAGGCAAUCAAUGUGUAGGUGAGAGAAAUGAUUACAAGGACUUUGUUGAUUCCAAAAUUGGUGAGCAUAGUGUUAGUUGUUUGCAAGAGAAACAAGGGUGUGAUAAAUCUGACAAGCCUUUUGAAAAGGCAUCGUUCUUAUUGAGCGAUGAUGAUGAGUCAAGAGAUAGGUGUGUUUCUGGCCCAGCUAUCUCUCUCAGCAGUGAUAUGCUACUCGGUUUUGAACACAUAACUAAUGUCACAGCAAAAGUGAAUGAGGGUCAGUUGGUGGUAGGACAUCAACCUCUUACUCAUUGUGUAGCUCACGUUAACUGUAAGAAAGAUAUGCAUACUGAUCAGAAAUUGACUGGAUCUGAAGUGGCUGUUGGGACGGUUGAUGGAUCUGAGGUAGCAGCAGGACAAACUCUGAGAUCAGUUUGUAAACAUGCAGAUGUGGUUACAGCAACAGAAAGCAGUGUCAAGUCUGGAGAUGCUAAGAUCAUAAAUAAAGCGAAGAAAUGUCAAAGACAAGGGAGACGUGAUCGACAGGCAGUGAAUAACAGUAUCGGAAUAGACCAACAGAAGAUCACAGAACAGAAGCUGAAAAAGUCUGUCAAUGUGUCAUGCAAAGAGGCAAGAAUUGAUAGUGCUGGUAGAACUGAAGAAUUAUUAGACUUGGAUGACAUGCCUCUUAUUGCAUUGCUCGCAAUAGAGAAAGAAAUGGAUGCUGGUCAUACGUUGCAUAAGAUUACUCACGAGGAACAUGAGACAUUAACAGAUGAGAAGGGAGCAGAUAGAGUACCAAAUGUUACUGAGAGGCACAGUAAUGCUAUAGACAACAAAGUUAGUGAUGGUACUAGAAACAUGCCUAAACUACUUGUAAAGAAAGUUAAACUAGUUCGCAACUGGAAAAACAAAACCAACAAGGAAGGUCUGAGAAGUGGUAAACAGAAAGCAGACCAUCAGAUGGACUCAACCAAGGAAGCAAGAGACCAGAGUGUUAGUUGUGCUGAUGAGGCUCAUUUUGUAUCUGACAGUGGGCAGUUCUCUGUAGAAAACGAGACAUUGGCCACUGGUAAGCUAUCAGUGACAAGUGAUUCUUCUGUUCGAGGUGGUAGCUCAGCUGAUAGUGAAACAGCACAACUCAUAGAUUUGAACGGUGAUCAGGAAGUUCUUAUCGAUCCUUAUUCUACACAUGCGAGUACAGACAGUGUAAAGCUGUCACAGGUGUUCGAAGAAUCGGUUGAACAAAGUGAACAAGCCAGUUUAUCUGAAUUGAGAGAUGAAUGCUUGGUAGGUUCUCAGUCUGAAAUUACAAAUGCUGGAGUUACUAAACCUGCAUUGCAGUACGAGUGCAUUGAUGCAGAUGAAGAUGCCACAAACUGUCGUAGUGAGAGUACAGAAGAGCAUCAGUCAUCUAAUAGAUAUUCUGAUGACGUUGUCGGAGCCACUAAAUUCUUUAAACCUGAGAGCACUGAGGCAUCUCACAAUUUUAUGUCAAAUGGUGACUUUGUAGAUGACAACCAAUGUGAUGUGAAUGCUGGCGUGGAUAAAAAUGUCACUAGUCAUUUAGUUACACCAUGUAGGCGGGAUGUUACCUCGGAUAUUGUUGCAAUACAGCAUACAUCAUACGGUGAUGGUAAAUUGGACGAUGACGAUGACGAUCGAAUCUCUAUUCAUGCUGAUGAUGAUGACCUUAAUGAUAUUCUCCCUACAGAAAAACACACAAGAACGCCACCUGUUGAUUACAGCAUGGAGUCAAGUGAACCAGCAGAGAAUGCUAGUACAGAGGAGCUGGCAUCUAAUGAAGAUGAGCUUCACAGUAAUACUAAUGAGCAUCCUUUUCAUGUAUGUGACUCUUCUGCAACAUCAAAUACGGACUCAUUCUUAUUACAAGCAAAUUUGGAUUCAUCACAACAGUCAACAACUGAUGUUGUAUUGCCCUUAAUUGUUAGUGCUUCUUCAGAAGCAAACGAUGCAUUAUUGCUUGGAUGGGCAAAUGAUGAACUGCAAAAAGAUGCUACUGAUGAGUUAUCUCAGUCAAAUGACCAAACAACUUCGAACUUGCAAGACUGUUUGCCUCAACUGUCUUCUACCAGCAGACCUCCAUACUCACCCCAUAGUGUCUCUUCCACACCGUCUUCUCACUAUCUGACUCAAUUGGAAUGUGUUGGUAAGAAGUUCUUAGAUUCUCGUGGAUUUGGAUCUCGGGGAGGACUAAGACUGUUGUAUGAAGAGAGUUGUAUGUUGCUCAAUUCAAAGUCUCAUGUAGGUAGGUGGAUGCGACGGAACAGGGUGUGCAAAUUUGAACUGUUGCCUGCACGCUGUCGAAAAAAUAAUACACCUGAAGGCUGUUUCAUACAAAAUCAUUACACUAUAGAAGAGAUGGCCGAUAAACUGGGUUGGGCUUCUAUUCUCGCUGUGUUUCUCGAUGAGUUUCGUGAUGCUCUGAAGAAGUAUCCAAAAGAAGAAUUGGAUGCACUGUUUAUCGAAAAUAGUACAAGUAGUCAUUCUGAAAGUCGACAACCACCACAACUAGCUGAUUCAAGUUUGCCUUGCCUUCUGGAAAAGCAAACUGAUCUUGAUUGCAUGGAUACUAUGCAGCACUGGUCUUUUAUACAGGAUUGCAAAAUGAGGGGAAUUCCUUUGAAUGGUACAGAUUACUUCCAGCUGUUGGAGAAAGUUUAUCACUCACCGGAAUCGAAUGUCGAUAUUGGACUGAAAUGUUUUGAAUGUUUGGGAGAAUUUGACUGUCAGUCAGGUUACGAGUUUGGUCUGAUCAUCUGUCUGUUGUGUCGAAGUAAGAGAGCAGAUGAGGCGUUUGAGAUGUUUGAAGUGAUGGUUAAGAGGAAUUUUGUUUCAACUUCUGAGAGUAUUUUUCAACUUCUUGAGGUUUCUCUUGCUAGUUCUGACAGGUUUGUGGAGCUGAUGGAAUUCACACUAAGACACAGCUUACUGGAUGUCAGAAUAAGUUUACUGCUAGCGGCAUUCUUCUACCAAGCUGAAGACAGGGCAGCAUACUCUGAUCAACUUUGGUCACUUGUGAACGAGAUUAAGAUUAAACAGCUCAUCCUUCCAGUAUUCACUUACAUUCAUUUGAUUGAAAUAUUUUACGAAAUCAAGUCUGUUAGUGGAAUUGUUGCUGUUCUAAAUUGUGAUGCACUCACUAAUGUGAUGCUAUCUCUUGAUAUGGAACUAAUUCGUGGAACUAUCAGUUUGGCAGUUGAACAGAAAAUGAAUGAAGCUACUGUGUUUCUGUACACAUCUUUGACACCUAAUCAGCAAUACAGUUUGCCUUCUAACAUAAUUGAGAAGCUGUUUAUUUGUUUUUGUGAUUUUAACUGCGGUCAACUGGUGGACGCUGUCAGCUACAUGAUACAUGAAUUGAGCACACCGUGGAGCUCUGGCAUGUACGUCUCAUACAUACACUGGUUGUGUAGAUCAAACAGAUCACCUCAGGCAUUUGACUGCUACAAGGAAAUGAUUCAAUAUCUAAACAUCAAAGGUCAAGACGCACAACUUGUGGAGUUUAUAGUGGACAGUGCUGAUCAACUAAUUGCACAAGAGUUGGCACUUCAUGCAUUACAAAUUGGAGUCAAGCUUUCAGCCGAACUUGUAAAUAGAAUAAUGCAAUGGUGUCAAGAGCAGAAGCACUUCAAUGGCCUAGCGAAUAUCUUGCUUGAGAGUAUCAAAACAGGGAUUGAUAUCAAGCUUUCUUGUUAUGGUGAUUUGAUGGAUGUAGUGGUCAGAGAGUGUUGUGAUAUUGGCUGGAAGAUAUUCAUGGUGCUAAGAAAGAAUAGAACAGCCGAACAAGCAAGCUCUUUCUCUCGUCUCAGCUUUCGGCGCCUCAUCAAAUAUUUGACGAUAUGUGUUGGGGCAAACAGCCCUGCUUGGAGUGUUGCAGCAGCCAUAUAUUGUGACGUCAUUGACUCAGCAGAAUCAAUACCAUCGGAUGGUCGAGAACCUGCUCUUCGUCGUGUUAUGGUACCUGCCUUGGCACGUGAUCCGAACCAGUGUAGUGCUCUGUUUACAGACUUUGUAAUUAUGAUUAAAACAUGUCGUCAGGAAGACGAUGGAGUGAUUGGAGAUUAUCCGUCGUACGACCUGUGGGAAAGUGACAACAUUGUUUUAAGUCGAAUUGGUCUCGAAUUACUGACAGUGUGUAAACAUGAGGGAUUAUGGGAAGAAGGCUAUCGUGUUCUUUUCUCUUUACAUUCGUGUCGAUUGUGUUAUUUGAAAGCCGCGCCGUUUGGAACAGAGCACGAAGAGAUCAGUGUUUGUAAAAUGGGUUCACUGGCUGUUGAUAUUUGCUUGCAAGUCCAGCUUCCUAACAAAGCGGAGGCUCUUAGACUUGUGUUGAAUUCAACAGGUUGGGCUUGUCCUCCAGAUGGCCACUUCAAACCGGAAGAAAAGCAAGAGCAUACUAUGACUUUAAAGAGUGUUGCUGAUUGUGCAUUGGUGUUGAAUGAACCAGCAUUGGCAUUAGAAGCAAUUCAGAAGAUAAAAGAUAGCGAGGGAAAUUUCAUCAGUGCAAUGUGCUCUGAUUUGAUAACAUAUGGUCUCGACAUUCGCAAUGAUGUUUGUCUCUGUUUGGAAGCUUACAACGUUGCUGAACAGCAGAACAUACGUCUUCCACCAGUCGUCGUUUCGUCGCUUGUGGCAAACCUUGCGUCUACAAAUCGACUGCCUUUGGCAAGGCAAGUUUUCUUAUUUGGGCUUUCUAGUGGUGCUCUGGCUGUGCAUGGUACUAGAAAUGAGCCUUGGAAUGUUGCUAUUCAGCCCGACUUUUCAGAAACUGUGAUAGUAUUUGCUGUCGAACGUCAGCUGUCUUUGAUGGCUCAGCAUAAAGUCCAUCGAAGUGAACAACUGAUUAUUGAAGUGCCUGUUAACGACGACAAUGGUGAAAUUGCUAAUCGAAUAAGCAAUGUUUUGUCAACUAGAAUGACCCCACCAUUGUAUGCAACUCAUUUUCCUGAUACAAAGGGGGAGCUUGUUGUCUCUCGUGAAUCACAGACAUUUUGGUUUUCUGUUCAUCCCGAUGCUGCCACUUGCUGGUUGACUGGCAAAGCCUUAUUUCAAAUUCCUUCUUUGAUGUCAAGCCCUAAACCGGUUGAUGGGAAGAGCGAUGAAUCAGAUUUAGUUUCUCCCACCCACUGGGACUGUGGGGCAUCAGACAAUCCUUUUAUGUCAUACAAUCAAUCUUGUGAAGGUGCUUCUACUGUAGAUGACAAAACACCAACAACAGCUUCACACGGUGGUGAUGGCUCUGACUUGCCAAUUGCAAAGAAACUGAUGCUUGACAAAUUGAAGAUGGACGUUAGUAGUCGUGUAUGCCAUCACCUUACACCUUACUACAACCGAAACCAGAUUGAUUCACUUGAUAGUUUUCGUCAUCUGGCAAGCAAAAUCACCAAUCGAGUGUUUGAGAACGAGCGUCGCUUUGCCAAACGAACUGGACAGCCAGCAGAGUUUACAGAGGCAACUGAACGGGAAGUUGUGGCUAGGGUACAAAAAUUUUUCAAGAAAUAUCAUGUUUAUAAGAAGAGAUGACCUAAGUGAAUGUUCUGUUCCUUUGACAGUUGAUUUUAAGUUUAGUGAGAGGCUGAUGAGAAAGAACUGUUUGAACUCACUUAAGCUUGUUUGGUUUUUAGUUAGAAGCGGUGACUUCUCGGAUGGAAUAUGAAACUGUGUCUGGUUUGUACAUUGUAGGUUGAGUAAGUGUUAAGCUAUUUAUGAUUCAGCAGCAGAUGUAUAAUAAAAAUUCAGCACCAGAUUAUAGAAGGAAGUGUGCAGCAAGAGUCUGCUAG